GCCGCCCGGCGCUUCUCUAUGACGUCACGGCGGCGGCAGUUGGCGGCGGCGGUUGGCCAGGUUGUCCAUGGCCAUCUGUCAGUUCUUCCUGCAGGGUCGCUGCCGCUUCGGCGACAGGUGCUGGAACGAGCAUCCCCGCGGCGGCGGGGGCCGCCCUCACUCAGCGGGUCCUGUCAGAGGAGCCGGAGGAGGAUGGGGUGCCGCUACCCAGAGAUACGCGAACGUCAUCCAGCCUCCUACAUUUAAGCACGGCACGUGGGGUGGCAGCAGUGAUGGAGGAGGAUUCUCUGGCGCAUCCGGUUUUGGAUCCCAGGGCGACAAAAGCGCGGUCUUCUCACAGAACAGAUUCUCUGCUUUAAGCAGUGCAAACUCUGGUGAUGGCUUCAGUGAUGAAGAACAGAGACUUUUUGACUGUAUAGCAAAAGACAUGGCAAGCUGGGAAUCAUCUAGACAGUGGAUGUUUUCAUGUUACUCACCUAUGAAAGAUAAGCCUAAUGUUACAGGUUUUCAAGAUUUCUCACCUGAGGAGGUGCGUCUGGAGUAUUAUAAAUGCAGUGCAAACAGUAACACUGAGAACUACAUAAACUCUGUCAAUCAGUUAGUGCAGCAAUGGAGAGACAGGCUGCAAGAGCUGAAGGCUUUAAAUGCCUCAGGAAAAGCAUCCUUGCUAUCUCAGUUGAAGAAUGCAGUCAGUCAACCGUUACCUUCUCUUGGAUUUGGAGGACAGCAAGCCUCAAGCUUUGGUUUUCCAAGCUUUCCAGUGAGGAGCAGCAGCAGCAGCAGCAGCGCUGCCAGUUUCUCCUUUAAAGCAAAUCCCAGUGUUCCUUCUGGAAAUGCUACAGCUUUUGGGAGCUCUGCUGCCGCCUCCAAUCCCCCUACAUUUGGUGUGACGUCCUCCCACAGUGCUCCCACUUCUAUUGGGUUUGGCAGUUCUUCAGCUCCAUCUGCAGCCUCUUUCUCAUUUAAAACUUCUGGAACAACCAGUGGCUCUGGAACUUCUGGACUCUCAGGCUUUGGAAAUUCUGCUGCUGCAAACUCUUCAAGCACUGCUCCACUUACAGUUUCUGGAACCCCUAAUGCAGCGACAGGAACUUCUCAGUCAGGUGCAAGCAAUACUUCAGCUGCACAGGCUGCCAGUGCCUCUGGACAUAACGUCACAGCCACACCUUCUGCAGUCCUAAAUGGUAUCACAUCAGACAAGUUAUAUACACCAAGGAGUGAAUUAACAGCUGAAGAGUUGGAACAGUUUGAAGCCAAAAGGUUCACACUAGGAAAGAUACCUCUUAAACCACCACCCGUAGACCUUAUAAAUUUUUAGACCUCCAGUUUAUUCUGAACAUAAAUGUCUUAAUUGUUGUUCUGUGACACCUCCAAUAAACAAUGUUGUGAUGGAGUAGUGAAUUGGAAUGCUUUCCUCUGACUAAAAUUUUCAUUUAGUCUCUUACUUUUUUGUAGUAAUACACUCUGUGAUACACACCAACAAUCCCUGUUUUUCUGCAUAACCCACCAAGUGAACCCAGGUCCCUGUGCAAAAACAGUUCCACGGAGAGGUCUGCCCUUUCCAGAAACUGGGAAGACCCAAACCGUGUUUCCCAACAUGUUCUUUACAUGGUACUGCAGGGAACUUAUCUCCCUGUACAUUAUGUAGGGAGCUGGAUUGGGUAGAACCAUCGUGAUGGAUAGAUCCACGAAUAUGGUCCAACCAAGUGGCUUCUGCCAAAUGCUGCUCCCAAUGCUUAAAUAUUCCACCACCCAUUGCUUUCAAUACAGUUUUAACAAUACGUUGUACCAUUUGAUUUUUUACCAGAGACUGGUGCAUGUGAGGGGAUAUGAUCAAUCCACUCAAUGCCCAAGUAUUUCCAAGGGAAUUUUUGAAAUGGGUCCCAUUUUCUGACUCAAUUCUUUCUGGAGUGCCAUGUCACCAUAGGACUUGCUUCUCCAGACCUUGGGCAGUAGAAUGGGGUACUGCAUAUGACACCCAGUUGUUGCCUCCACAGUAAGCACAUAACGCUUACCAUCGUGAGUUCGUAGCAAGGUGCCACACCUCCCCAUAUUUAUACUUUCACCAUCACCCUUCCCCCAGAGAGGUUUCAUUUGCUUGGCUUAAUUGUGGCACAUAUGUCACAGUCAUGGAUAACCUGAGUAGUAGUAUCCAUAAUUAAAUCCACCCCUUGGUCUCUAGCCCAUUUACUCGGUGCAUCUCUUCCUUCACGGCCCAAGGUUUCAUGGGCCCACCAAGCCAGAAAUAAUUCACCCUUGUUUUGCCAGUCCAAGUCCAUUUGAGCCACCUCAAUUUUGGCAGCUUUAUGUCCUUGGUGGUUAUUCUGGUUUUCUUCAGUAGCUCAACUCUUGGGCACAUGAGCAUCUACACAGCGCACCUUUACAACCGUAUCUUUCUUUGGGCAACUUUCCCCAGUUCAGCAGCCCAAAUAGGUUUACCCCCUCUUUGUCAGCUGUUUUGUUGCCACUGCUGCUGUUGCAACUGCCCCAUAAGGCAGCUGCCACCAUCCAUGAGUCAGUAUAAAGACUGUAUAAAGUAUAAGGACUCUCCCCACACACCCCUCCUCUUCAGUAACACCUAAGGUGAGCUGGACAACCAUUACCUCUGCGAAGUAGCUCAAUGCUCCCUUACCUUCAGUGGGUUCUUCAACUCGCUGUGUGGGGCUCCACACUGCAGCUUUCCAUCUGCAGCACUUCCCCUCAAUUCGACAUGGCCCAUCAGUGAACAGGACAUAUUUCUUUUUGUUUUUUGGCAAUUCAUUGGAUUGUGGGCCUCUGUAGCAUGCAAUAUUUCUCCUGAUGCUGUUCCAAACAUUAUAUCCUCAGGCCAGUCUGUGAUCACUUUUAAGAUUCCUGGACUACUGAGGUUCCCCACAUGACAUUGUUGUGUAAUCAACACAAUACACUUACUCCAAGUGGCACGAGUAGCAUGAUGGGUGAAGGGAGCCUUUCAUGCAGUUGAGCUAACAAGGGGUUAGCUCACCCCUUCACAGUUGCUUAGGGAGAUGGGGAAGGGAAGUCAGGUGGGAAAAAAAAAAAAAGAAAAAGAAGGGUUCAGACAGCAGCCAUGAACUCCCUCACACGCAACUAAGAUCCCUCUCAGUUGGAGUGUAGUGCUCUUCAGACCCUGUGUGCCCAACUCCAGAACCCCAGGGGUUCAGCUUUAGGUCUCUCCUGAGGCUCUUUGCCACAGACUCCAAGUGGGACCUUUGUCUCCAGCAGCAGUGUAGAGGAUGUUCUUUACAUCCUGUCCCAUCCAUACUGGCCUCAGUGCCACGGCUUGGGCUAUCAGGGUAUCAACACGAAUGAAGGAACAAGGGUGAGGAACGGAGCUUUCACAGAUGUCUACAGGUAGACAGAAAAAAAUGUAGAGUUGUAGGGCACUGUCUGUAGAAGAACUUGCAGUUGUUUAGAUGAGAAAAAAUGUAGAUUGAGAUACAGAAAUCUCAUUCACUGAGGACUGCUGCAUUUCAAUCUGUCACUGUAGAGCAGCUUGGCUACUAGAAAUUCAGAGAGCAGCCAAAGUGAUGGACAACUGGAAGCAAGGCUUUCUUGGAAGCAGAGAAAUGAGUGGUGAAAGCAAAGGCUGUAUGAUGGAAUGGCUGUCCUGUUUGGGGUACGCUCUCAGAAGAGGGGAAAUUGAAUUUUUAAAGCACCUAGACUAGUAAACCUGAGUACUGAAGUCCUUCCUCAGAGACAUCUUAGGCAGCACAUUUCCCCCCAGGAAGUCCUAUUAACCCUCUGUUAAGGUCUGGCCAGGCCAAAAGUAAAACAUUGGAAACAAACUCCUCCCUGUAGGCUAGCAGCACAAGUCCUCAGAAACCAGAGGCAAGCACUGCACAAACAGUUCUGAUCCCAUACCUUUGAACUAAAACACACCAGCAUUUGUGAAGGGUGACAAGGGUGCAAAGCAGAGCAUUGAGUGCCAGCUCUGCUAGGAAAGACUGAGGGCUCUGGCUGUGAACAGGGAACCUCUCCCCAUUCACUUGAAAGAGGCAGAUGAGCUCUAAAACUGCAAGCAAAUACACUCCUCAGUUCUGAAACUCUCACACACAAUUGUUUGCUUUCCCUGAUAAGGAUAGCCAAGUAGAAGAACAAAGAGUAGUUAUCAGUAACUCAGCCCAAGGCUGUAUACUUAUUCAACCCACAGUGCUGUUGCAAGUUUUCAGCCUGUUCUGCACAAUAAAGCUAGGCACUCCUACCACAUGCUGUCAUGCGACAGGCUCUUUGGUGGGGCUUCCCCUCCUGCAAUAUGGUAAGAACAGCUCUUAUGUCAAGGGAGAAGAGCAAGAACAGCAAGAUUCAAAUGCCAGCAGGCUGAUCAACAUUUUUUCCCUUGUUACACAGAUUGCUUUGUCUUCCAUGCUUCCCUGGACAGGCAGGGAGUGGGAUUUACUCCUACUAGGUCACAUGAGAAACGAGUUUUGCAUCUUGCAUCUUCCAGCAGGAGGAUCUGUUACAUUGCUAAAUGCAGAGCAGUCAGCUGAAAAAUGAACUGAUGGAUUUAAAGCCCCUGUAGCAAUCGUAUCCUAUUCCACCCAAAAUUCUGUUUCAUUAUGGGGGAACACUCUUAGGAGGUGUUUUCCAGUGAGUAUCACAGAAUGGCCAAGGUUGGAAGGGACCUCAAGGAUCAUGAAUCUCCAACCCCCCUGCCCCAUGCAGGGCCACCAACCUCCACAUUUAAUACUAGACCAGGCUGCCCAGGGCCCCAUCCAACCUGGCCUUGAACACCUCCGGGGCAUCCACAACCUCUCUGGGCAGCCUGCUCCAGCACCUCACCACUCUCUCUGUAAAGAACUUCCCCCUGACAUCCAACCCAAAUCUUCCCUCCCUCAAUUUAAAACCAUUUCCCCUUGUCCUGCUGUUAUCUACCAUUUCAAAGAGAUGGCUCCCCUCCUGUUUGCAGGCUCCCUUUAGGUACUGAAAGGCUGCAAUGAGGUCACCCCGCAACCUAACUGGAUUAACUAUGAAGAUGAAAUAAUGCCAAAGUCACAUUAAACUGAAAUAGUAGCAAUUUGUAUCUGCUAUAUAACAAAAUACAAAAAAAAAAAAAAAAAAAAAAAAAACAAAAAAAACCAAAAC